AGACGGGAAGGAAAAAAAAAACUUACGUUAGAUCUGUAAGGACUUUGUUUUUUAUCUAUAUUAUUAUUUCCCUUCCUUUGACAUUUUUGGGACUGUCUAUUUUACCUCACACUGGCCGGGACUUCACUUGUGACAGCGCUGAAUGGGAGGGAGCGAAACGAGGAGACCCGGAGAGAGCUGCGGGGAGGAGAUUAGUCUGUACGCGGAGAGGAGAGUGAGUCUCCGGGCAUCGGCUGUGCGUCUUUGCGCGGUGGGGACCCAGGAGCGGGUUGGACUGCGCUGUGGUUCUUCCCCCGGCUUUUAAAAAAAAAAAGGGGGUUCGCGGGGGGAGAUAACUUGACUCGCUUUAGCGCGGACCCGGAGAAGAUUCGGUGACAUUUGAACAGAAUCGGAGGAAGUGUGUCGGAUCGUAUAGACUCUGCUCCACGCAUGUUGGAGGUGGAGAGAGGAGGGCUGGAUGCCUGCAGUUUGCGAGUCCUCAAGGCGCAGCCAAGGAUUACCCCCUGCAUCCCGGGCAUCGUUUGACGGAGUAAGGACGCAAAGGGAGUGGGUCAUUUCUUCAUAUUCCUCGCGCUUUGGCUUCUUUGGAAAGGAUAUGGCACGGUCGGCGCUGGAGAGAGGAGCGCAGCCGGCACAGGCGAGAGGAAACAGGAGCUGAAUGACAGGAUGCCAGCGACCUGAGCCCGCACUCAGAUCAGUUCCAACUUCGUUAAAAGAGACACUUGUGCUUUAUUUAUCGAGUUAAGAGGAGAAAAGAAGAAUACGUGACCAAAAACCUUUCGGAGGAGUUUCAUUUUGAGAUUUUUUUUUGUAUGCGUAAUUUUAUUUUUUUGGAGAUAAAACAAGGAUGCAUUGUGGAUUAGUCUUUAUCCUGUUCAUGGGAAUCCUCUUGGUGGUCAAGGCUUUCAAAAACGACAAAUGUGGAGGCAACAUCAGGAUCUCAGCUGCCAACUACCUCACCUCGCCCGGAUACCCCAUGUCUUAUCCCCCUUCUCAGAGAUGCGUGUGGGUGAUCUCGGCGCCUGGUCCUCACCAGCGGAUCCUCAUCAACUUCAAUCCGCAUUUCGAUCUGGAGGACCGGGAGUGCAAGUACGACUACGUGGAGGUGCGGGACGGCGUGGACGAGAGCGGUCAGCUGGUGGGGAAGUACUGCGGGAAGAUCGCCCCCUCUCCAGUCGUAUCCUCAGGAAACCAGCUCUUCAUCAAGUUUGUGUCUGACUACGAGACCCACGGAGCAGGCUUCUCCAUCCGAUAUGAGAUCUUCAAGACAGGUCCCGAAUGCUCCAGGAACUUCACCUCCAACAGCGGCGUCAUAAAGUCACCCGGGUUCCCAGAGAAGUACCCCAACAACCUGGACUGCACUUUCAUGAUCUUCGCCCCGAAGAUGUCCGAGAUCAUUUUGGAGUUCGAGAGCUUCGAGCUGGAGCCCGACCCGACACCCCCUACUGGUGUGUUCUGCCGCUACGACAGACUGGAGAUUUGGGACGGCUUCCCCGGAGUCGGUCCAUACGUCGGGAGGUACUGUGGGCAGAACACUCCAGGCAGGAUCAUCUCCUACACAGGCAUCCUGGCGCUAACAAUCAACACUGACAGCGCCAUUGCUAAGGAGGGCUUCUCUGCCAACUUCACCGUCAUCGAAAGGACCGUUCCAGAGGACUUUGACUGUAGUGACCCUUUGGGAAUGGAAUCGGGAGACAUAACAUCAGACCAAAUCAUGGCUUCAUCCCAGUACAACCCCAGCUGGUCCCCAGAGCGGUCCAGACUCAACUACUACGAAAAUGCAUGGACGCCGGCAGAAGACUCAAACAAAGAGUGGAUACAGGUGGAUCUUGGGUUCUUGCGGUUUGUCUCAGCCAUCGGUACCCAGGGCGCCAUCUCCCAGGAGACCCGGAGGGUUUACUUUGUCAAGUCCUACAAAGUGGAUGUCAGCUCUAAUGGAGAGGACUGGAUCACUUUGAAGGAAGGGUCCAAACAAAAGGUUUUCCAAGGCAACACCAACCCAACAGACGUUGCCAAGACGAUGCUGCCCAAACCCACACUGACGCGCUUCAUUCGGAUCCGUCCCGUUACCUGGGAAACAGGCAUCGCACUGCGCUUCGAGGUGUAUGGAUGUAAGAUAUCAGAGUACCCAUGCUCGGGCAUGCUGGGCAUGGUAUCAGGCUUGAUCACCGACAACCAGAUCACCGCGUCCUCCCACACAGACCGGAGCUGGGUACCAGAGAAUGCUCGCUUGCUGACCAGCAGGACGGGGUGGACCCUGCUGCCCCAGCCCCAGCCCUUCACCAACGAAUGGUUGCAGGUGGAUCUUGGCGAGGAGAAGCUGGUCAAGGGGUUGAUCAUCCAGGGAGGGAAGCACCGUGAGAACAAAGUCUUCAUGAAGAAGUUCCGCCUCGGCUACAGCAACAACGGCUCCGAGUGGAGGAUGGUGUCGGACACCACCGGGAACAAGCCAAAGAUAUUUGAAGGGAAUAGCAACUACGACACUCCUGAGCUGAGGACGGUGGAUUCCCUGCUGACCCGUUUCAUCAGGAUUUACCCAGAGAGGGCCACUCCUGCUGGCAUGGGCUUGCGGCUUGAGCUCCUGGGCUGUGAGAUCGAAGCUCCUACUCUCCCGCCCACCACACUGGUCCCGGGCACUACUCCGUCGGAUGAGUGUGACGACGACCAGGCGAGCUGCCACAGCGGCACAGGUGAUGACUACGAUGUGACAGGUGGUACCAUGAUGCCAGAGACCACUACUGCUGAAGUGGAUACCGUCCCAGAUUUUCUGUGGUUUGCCUGUGACUUCGGUUGGGCCAAUGACCCGUCCUUCUGCAGGUGGACAUCAGAGGACACUGGCUCUAGGUGGCAGAUCCAGUCCAGUGGCACCCCCACCCUCAACACGGGCCCCAACAUGGAUCACACAGGUGGAUCAGGGAACUUCAUCUACACCUUGGCAACAGGUCCCCAAGAGACGGAGGUGGCUCGGCUGGUGAGCCCUGUGGUCAGCUCCCCGGACUCAGACCUGUGCGUUUCCUUUUGGUACCACAUGUUCGGGUCGCACAUCGGCACGCUGCAUAUCAAACAGCGCAAACAGACAGUCGACGGACCGGCUGACAUCCUGCUGUGGACGGUCAGCGGUCACCAGGGCAACCGCUGGAGAGAAGGUCGUGUCUUUGUGCCUCGCACCAACAAACCCUAUCAGGUGGUGAUCGAAGGUCUGGUGGAGAGAAAGAGCUGGGGAGACAUUGCUGUGGAUGACAUUAAGGUUCUCAAUGGGCUCAGCAUGACGGACUGUAAAGAUCCUGACGUGCCCACUGAGCCCAUGCUGCCAGAGGAUAGCUUCAAUGAAAUCCUUGAGGACAUCACUGAAUACCCCGUGUUUGUGGAGACCAACCAGAUCAGCGGGGCGGGCAACAUGCUGAAGACGCUCGACCCCAUCCUCAUCACUAUCAUUGCCAUGUCCGCCCUGGGGGUCUUCCUGGGUGCCAUCUGCGGCGUGGUGUUGUACUGCGCUUGCUCACACGGAGGCAUGUCGGACAGGAACUUAUCAGCCCUGGAGAACUAUAACUUUGAGCUAGUGGACGGUGUGAAGCUAAAGAAGGACAAACUCAAUGUACAGAGCUCAUACUCGGAGGCUUGAGAUGGGGCUGAGUGCAUUAGUGUGACUGUAUGACGUGCAGAGCGUGCACAAGACUGGCUGUAGGCAUAUCCUCUCGCCUAUGCGCGAGUAGGUAAGCUCAAAGGACUGCCAACACCCCUCAACUCACUGGAUGAGGGACAGGUUCAGGACCCAGUGGGAGGUUUGGACUGAUCCACGCUUUUCUCAGGAGCUGCAGUAAAAAGAACCCACCAGUAGGGGACACUGUGUACAAAUAAAAUACAGAAAAAAAAUAUGUACAGAUGAUUUAGAUGAUAUUUUAAUUUUCUAUUUUGAUUUUCAUUCAUUUUUACAAUCGGAUGCUGGUGUUGAGACCAAUUUAUUAAUAAUGUUUAAAGUAUUUAUCGUUUUCUGGGAAAGAAAUGUUUUUUUUUUUCCUCAUCAGUUCAUGAAGGCUGUUUGUUUAUUUUCAACUUUUGAAAGAGACGUAUCAAAAUCUUAAAUGAACCAUAACCGGCAAAACUGUAGAUUUGCCCCGUGGUGUGGCAUACAGGGUGUGCCCAUAACCCAGGACCCUGAAACAUGUACCCUCCCCCUUUGACCCCUGUCACUCUAAAGUGAGGGUCCCAUUCAUGGCAAUGUAUGGUUCUGACAGUGCCUUUAGUACAUUUCGGUUCGCCUCCUCUGUUGAUAUUUUUACUGUACAUGGCUUCAGUUAUGAUGACAGGAAACAGGGGUACAUUCUCUUAUAAAUACCUGCCAAACAGGAAAACAAUCUAUCACAGCGCUUUGUUUUGUUUUGUUGUUGUUUUCUGUCCAAAAAACACACUGUAAA